AUGCCAGCUCCGCAACAUUCAUCACUGCUAGUUGAAGGAAAACCACCGGUUGAUGCGAAACCAUCUCCCCAUAAAUCGCCUAAGACACCAUAUUCACCGCCUCCUCCGCCACCCACAGAUAAACCUAUGUCAUCAUCGCCAGAAAAAGGGAAACCACCUCCCCAUAAAUCUCCUGAGACACCACAUCCAUCGCCUCCUCCGCCACCCAUCGAGAAGCCUAUGCCAUCACCACAGGUUGAUGUGAAUCCACCUUCCCAUAAAUCACCUAAGACACCACAUCUAUCGCCUCCACCGCCACCCACAGAUAAGACUAUGCCAUCAUUACCAGUUAAUGUGAAACCACCUUCCCAUAAAUCGCCUAAGACGCCACAUCUAUCGCCACCCACAUCGUCGUUAGAUCAUUGGUGA